AUGACGGUUUUAGAGAAUGGAGAUGUUUGUUUAGAGUUUCUUAAAUAUAAAGAUAACAUAGAACGGGUUGCAGAAAUAUUUAUAGUAUCAGCAGAUGGUCAAAAUAUAACUAUAAAACACCCAGACAGAAAAACAGAAACCAAGAAAACGUAUAAAGAUUUACCCGAAAAACAGUGGAAGAAAUAUCAUUAUGCUUACAAAUUUGUGGAAUUGGUUAAAUCUAAAACACCAAAGAUAACAAUGUACACAGAAGAAGCUAAAUUUAUGUUAAUGGAGAAUUCACAUGACAGUGUUUUUGAAGCCAGUUUCUAUGACGGAGCAAAAUUGAUUGUUACGUCAUCUGGGUUAUCUGGUAGAGACAAAAAUGGUGGGAAUAUCACAGAACAUACGUCAUCAUCUGAUAUACGUACUAAAUAUCACGUUUCAAAACAAUGGCUGCUUCAAUGCCGACAUUUAGAAACUGUUAUAUCAUCCAUUGCACACCAAAAACAAGAUGGUGACAACAUGUUUCCGUUAGUUUUAGGAAGGCGACCAGGGGGAGAUAAUGUCAACAUAACAGCAUCCACGGAAGUUAUGUCUUCAUUGGCCUCAGACGAAGCUGACCCUUCAUCUUUGCCGUUUGAACCAUCGGUAACGUCCACCCAUUACGAGACUAGAACGAAAUCGUCAGCACCAACACAAUCGUCUUCUAAAGUGGCGGAUGUUACAAGAACAACGACGUCUCAAAUAUCUAUGACGUCAACGUCUUCAUCAAACCAGAGUUGGGGUUACGACUCGAAUGUUUCAACCAACCAAGUUUUGAAGGAGCUGUUUGUACCGGAAGUUGGUUGGGCAUCACAGUAUGGUAAUGGCGAUAUUUGGGUUAGAUUUAAUGAUGGUAGUCAACUGGGAGUAAAGUCAUCAGUUACAUCAGUUACAUUUAUCGACAUUAAUACCAAUGUUUAUAGGUAUACAAAAUCCGACACUCUUCCAGAAAUUGUAAAGAUGAAAUUAUCUGCGUUUCCAGUUGUUUUACAAUUACUGAAAGCUUCGUCUGCCAGAACAUCAACAGCACCUUUGGUUCUUCCCAAUAUUCAGCCAUAACUUGUAUUAAAAAUAAAUUCUCCGAAUAAUAUGAUUUAUAAAAUCUUUAAGUAGGUAUGAAAAUCGAAUUUAAGAAUGCGUCACAUACACCUGUAGCAAAUCGUAA